AUGAGUGUCCAGGACUACUUGGCACACCUGCAGCAUGAGUCAAAUCUGAGAAAUAUACCAUCGUUCAUUUAUCUCUUUGUUCUUGGAAUUAUGGGAUUAAUCGGGAAUUCCCUGAUUCUAAUCGUGUACUCGCGCAAGAAGAAGGAGACUGCUACAGUUGUGUUUAUAAAGUCUAUAGCAGUUGUUGAUUUGAUCACGAAUGUCCUCAUUAUACCGGGUAAAUAUAACCUCUGUCCGUAAAUCUAAUGAGAUGUUGCACAAGAAAAUGUAUCUCAGAAAGUGGAUCAAUCAGUUACGCCAAUCAAUCUAAAACAUUAUCUUAUCCACGCAUUCUUUGUCACAUAAAUUUGUCCAUCGAUUCCUUCAGUGAUCCACCCAUACAUUAACAAACAUAGUAAACCAUCCAACUAUUCACCAGUCUGGACCUACUUCUAAAUAGAUUGUUCCUCCCUACUUCGAGCCCCAUCCAUGGUCAUUGUCCAUAUCUACUCCAUACCUUCUUCAAAUUACCUCAAGAUUCACUGUAUAUUUACUAUUUUUUCUACGCUGUAUGUAAUCUGCAUCUAAUCUAUAUUCACUCUAUAUUUAUCCUAUGUUAACUCUAUAUUUCAUUUAUAUUUACUCUAUUUUUCAUCUCUAUUUAAUCUAUAAUCACUCAUUAUAUAUCUACCCUAUAUUUGCUCUAUAUUUCAUCUAUUUCUCACUAUAGUUACUCUAUAUCUACUCUUUAUUCUGCAUUUACUCUAUAUUUCAAUCAUAUCUACUCUGUCUACCCUGUAUUUACCCUAAAUCUACGUACACUUGUUUUUUCAGCGACCACGUACGUCAACCUCAACACCUGGAACUUCCCCCUGCCAUCCCUCUGCAAGGCUUACAUCUACCUCAACAUCGUGACAGCUGUCACUCCUGCCAUUAACAUCUUAGCGAUUGCAGUAACAAGGUAAUCAUGACACUUGUCAGGAGUAGAUUGCGCCAUUUCAUUUAAGUUUGCAUCCCAUGAGAUGAUUCUGUCCAGGAUACAAAUUUCGAGUGUCCGUCUGAUAACGUGACAAAAUAUUCCCAUUGCUCAACUCGAGCUUUACAACAACAAAAAAAAAGAUCCUGUUUGAAGAUAUUUUUUUAUAGUUGUUAUUAAUUCUAUUCUUUGGUCCAAAUUUUAGUCAUGCAGUAUUUUCAAUAAAUAAAUGUAGAAUACUAGAUGAUAGAAUACUAGAUGAUAGAAUACUAGAUCACAGAAUACUAGAUGAUAGAAUACUAGAUCAUAGAAUACUAGAUCAUAGAAUACUAGAUCAUAGAAUACUAGAUCAUAGAAUACUAGAUCAUAGAAUACUAGAUCAUAGAAUACUAGAUCAUAGAAUACUAGAUCAUAGAAUACUAGAUGAUAGAACACUAGAUCAUAGAAUACUAGAUCAUAGAAUACUAGAUGAUAGAAUACUAGAUCAUAGAAUACUAGAUCAUAGAAUACUAGAUCAUAGAAUACUAGAUCAUAGAAUACUAGAUGAUAGAACACUAGAUCAUAGAAUACUAGAUCAUAGAAUACUAGAUGAUAGAAUACUAGAUCAUAGAAUACUAGAUCAUAGAAUACUAGAUGAUAGAACACUAGAUCAUAGAAUACUAGAUCAUAGAAUACUUAAAGCUAGAACUCUGGUCCAUAUCAUAACGCAUGAAACUGUCUAACCCGUAACAGGUACAGAAAAAUAUGUCAUCCAUUCGGCUGGCAAGUGUCGACCCGGCAAGCAAGGGCCGUCACCAUCACCGUAGCAAUAUUUUCGUGCCUACUGUGUGUUCCUUACACCGUAGUCCACGGACAACAGACGAUACCCACGCCAAAUCC